AUGAUCAAGCAAGAUGCGUUAUUUUUCCCCUACUUCCCAUCCAACGCCGACCCAAAUCAAGAAGUGAUGACGUUUGGUGAACCUGAGCCAAACUCAAUCCCUGAUCCUAUAUUAGAUUGGUUAGAAGAUUCGGUAUCUUACCUGCCAUCAUUUCUGGAUGAUCCAUAUGACGGAUCCACCAAUAUCAUCGACGAUAACUGGUGGCCCCCUUCUCAAGAUUUAGAACAAGAACUCUUCAGCGGGGCUACUAGUAGUAUUCUUACCUCCAACUCUAUUAACGAUUCUAACAUUACUGUCGUUGGUACCAAUACAAAGAGAAUGCCUACUGAUUGUUUGAUUGUUUCUGGUGAGUCAAAGAAGUUCGUGUCUGAUUCAUCUAAGAAACGGAAAGCUCCUGAUGAUGAUCAUGUGUUGAGGCCUCCUGGGCAAGUUAAGAAGCCAAUAAAUAAAAGGGGGCAGGGGAAGUCAGCAAAGGACAGUUCUAAUAACGUCAAUAACAGAAACGGUAGGUGGGCUGAGCAGUUGCUAAAUCCAUGUGCUGCCGCGAUCACUGCUGGAAACGUGACACGUGUCCGCCAUCUCCUCUUUGUCCUCCGUGAACUGGCCUCCCCGAGUGGAGAUGCCAAUUAUAGACUAGCGUCUCACGGGCUGCAAGCCCUCACUCACCACCUCUCGUCCACCAACAACCAACCUGCGAGGGUGACAGCCCCUCCCAUCAAUUUCUCCACUGUGAAGCCAAAAUUCUUCCAACAAUCUCUCAUCAACUUCAACGACAUCAAUCCAUGGUUCACUAUCCCAAACAACAUCGCCAACUACUCUAUCCUCCAAGUAUUGUCUGAGCAUGCCCAUAGUAGUAACAGUCUUCACAUACUAGAUAUCGGAGUCUCCCAUGGGAUCCAAUGGCCGACGCUGCUAGAAGCAUUAAGUCGUCGACCAGGUGGGCCUCCUCCAUUGGUUAGACUCACAGUCGUACCCCCAACACAUGAGGACUAUCAUAUUCCUUUCGCAAAUUGCCCACCUGGCUACAAUUUCAUCUCAAAUCUUCUACGCUCUGCCAGUGAAUACAAGAUUAACCUACACAUCAACAGACUAGACAAUUGCUCUUUACCAAAGUUAAAUGCGGAAGUCAAAAAAUCCUCCCCGGAUGAAACCUUAAUCGUGUGUGCUCAGUUUAGACUUCACAAUCUAAACCACGACAAUCCAGAUAACAGAACGGAGUUCUUGAAAGCAAUACGGGGUCUAGAACCGAAAGGAAUGGUUUUGAGUGACAACAACAUGGACUGCAGCUGCAACAACUGUGGCAACUUCGAGACAGGGUUCGCUAAGAGAGUAGAUUACUUGUGGAGCUUCUUGGAUUCAACAAGUGUAGCUUUUAAAGGGAGAGACAUGGAAGAAAGAAAGAUGAUGGAAGGUGAAGCUUCAAAAGCAUUGAUCAAUGUGUGUGAAAUGAACGAAAACAAAGAGAAAUGGGGGGAAAGGAUGACAAGAGUUGGGUUUGUCGGGGACGUCUUCAGGGAAGACGUGAUGGACGGAGCACGAGCGUUGUUGAGGAAGUAUGAUAAUAACUGGGAGCUCAGACAUGAUCAGGAUAGAGCUAAAUGUGUUGGGUUAUGGUGGAAAGGACAACCUGUUUCGUUUUGCUCUUUAUGGAAAUUAGAUACAAUAACUAAUAUUGACAGUUCAUUACUAGAAGUUAAAACAGUUAACAAAUAA